AUGAGUUCGUCCCUCGAGGCCAAGAUCGUCGUCCUCGGCGCACAGGGUACCGUACCCCUCCACAGCAGAACAUAUCAGACCCUGCAUACAGACCAGCUAACACACUACUUCGCCUGUUCAGGAGUCGGCAAAACCUCCCUCGUGCAACGCUACGUCCGCAACGCAUUUGACCCCUCAACAACUACCUCCACCGUUGGCGCCUCCUUUGUAACAAAACGAGUCCUCGAUACCCCCUCCGACACAACCGUGCGCCUACAAAUAUGGGACACAGCCGGCCAAGAGCGAUUCAGGAGUAUCUCGCGACUGUACUAUCGCGGCGCACACGCCUGUCUACUCUGCUAUGACAUAACAGACGAAACCUCCUUCCAAGAAAUGGCCGGCUGGCUCCGCGAACUGCGGCGCAACCUCGGCACUGAAAGCGGUGGAGGUGGAGGCGGAGCAGGUAGCGGUGUGGAAGAUCAACAACCCCUCGUGAUACACGUCGUGGGAACAAAAUCCGACAUUGUCUCGGAAGAUCCGAGUUGUCGACGUAUCCCCUUCGAACGAACCAUCGCCUACGUCGCCGAGCAGCUCUACCCAACACAAGCAUCCACGCCGCCCGCCACCGCCAUGGGAAUCAACAACGCAGGACUGGGAUUUGGGUCUGGCGUCUUCGGCGGUGGUGGGGGUGUGGCUGGUGGUCCUGGCCCUGGCCCUGGGCCUGGGAGUAUAUCUGCUUCGGCGGGGAGUACGAGUGCGAUCGGGAUAUCGACUUCGGCGGGCGCUUGUGCGUUACAAAGCCCUGACAGUAAGCGGAGCUCAGCAUUCUGGGGCCAGGAGAUUGGGUGGGAUUGUUGUCAUGAGAUCAGUGCGAAAGAUGGGGAGGGGAUUGAAGAAGUCUUCCGUGUUAUUACGCGGAAGCUGGUUGAACAGCGGAAUCGACGGGAUGCGGAGGCUGCUGCGCUGGCUGCCAUCACCCCGAGCAUGGAUGGGGUGUUUGGCAUGCCGACACCUAGUGUCGAGGGGAGCUUUCGAUUGGGGAUUGGUGAUAAGAGGAGGAGUUGGCUUGGACUGGCGACGCCGAAUAUCGAGGCUGAGGAGGUGCAGGUUGUUCAGGCUCGCCGGAGGGGGGGAUGCUGCUAG